AUGGGUGAACGGGAGUCUUCUGGCCCAACAUUGGCGAUUACAUUGAUACCAAUCGGUCCAGAAACCGAAGCCAACGAUAUAUCCAACGUCAACGACGAUGCCACAAGGGAUGAAACAGAAACUCUACGAUGGUCUUGUGUCGGUGGAGCUGCGCUCUUCUUGAUGUGCUCAUACGGAUUUUCUCAAUCGAUCGGAACUGUUCAAUCUUUCCUACAACUAAACCAGUUGAGCGACUAUUCUGCACAGGACAUCGGAUGGAUCACGGGCCUGGACACUGCUGUUUCGCUACUAUGUGGCAUUCAGGUCGGUCCUUUGAUGGAUCGCUAUGGUUCUAGGCUUCUGGCGCCGACUGCGAUCGGGCUCACAGUCGCGAGAUUCUUCCUCCUCGCCGAGUGCAACAACUACUGGCAAAUUUUCCUCUGCCUAGGUGUUUUGGGAGGCAUUGCCUCCGCAGUAGCCUCAACUGUCGCAAUAUCAGCAGUGGGCAAGCUGUUUAUUCGUCGUCGAGGCCUUGCAAUGGGUGCGGCGAUGGCCGGAGCUUCAUUGGGUGGCAUCACCUUUCCACUGGUCCUUCGCCGGGCUUUCCCGGCUUUGGGCUGGCCUUGGUCUAAUCGGGUGAUGGGCUUCGUGACCCUGGGUCUUAUGGCCAUCGGCAUGUUUUUCCUUUUGCCGUUUCCCAGAUUGAUCCUACCCGCAGCGGUCUCGUCGAAGAAGAAAUCAGCCGCACUCAACUUUGACGCAUUUCGAUCAGGACCUUUCGUUUUCAUCACGCUCGGGUUUUUCCUGUACGAGUUUUCUAUCACUGGCGUGGGCGUGCUGUUGCCAACUUUUGCGGUCAAGGCUGGCCUUCCGUCCGCUAUGGGUUAUACUUUGGUAUCAAUCCUCAACGGAUGUUCAUUCUUAGGCCGCCUACUGCCUGGACUUGCGGGUGACUACGUAGGCCAUUUUGACGUCAUACUCUUCAUGACUUGCCUCUCAUUGAUCUUUACCGGAGCCUUAUUCGUCCCGUUCGGAGGCCAGUCAGCCGGAAUACUCUACGCAUUUGCUGCUUUAUGGGGAUUUUGCACUGGCUCGUUCCUAUCAAUCCUUCCUGGUAAGUAG